CGCUCCGUCAAAGCUUCAACUCAACCAACUCCGUCAAAAUGGCUGCUCUCUGCUCCGUCGCGCCCGUCGUGGCCAAGGUCCCCGCCGUCUCCACCGGCAAGGCCUCCAAGUCCUCCGCGAUGCAGGUCUGGAACCCGACGAACAACAAGUUCUUCGAGACCUUCUCCUUCCUCCCCCCCCUCUCCGACCAGGAGAUCGCCCGCCAGGUCCAGUACCUCAUCAACAACGGCUGGGCUCCCUGCAUCGAGUUCGAGGGUGCCGGCAAGGCGUACUGCGACACCCACGGCUGGUCCGGCCUCGACUCCUCCGUCAACGCGGGCUACUACGACAACCGCUACUGGGUGAUGUGGAAGCUCCCCAUGUACGGCUGCACCUCUCCGGAUGAGGUCCUCGCCGAGGUCCGCGCGUGCACCCGCGCGUUCCCCGACUGCUUCAUUCGCGUCGCGGGUUUCGACAACAUCAAGCAGGUCCAGUGCUCCUCCUUCCUCGCGCACCGCCCGGCGAACGACCGCACCUUCCAGCCGGUGACCGGCCGCCAGGUCGGCGACGGCGGCGCGGCGCCGGCGGCGGGCGGCUCCCAGCAGAACUACUCCUGGUAAAUGUCCACCGCGAUGAUGGACGCGCGCACACCACCGCGGUCGGGAACGAAUCAUCUGUUACCGACCGACGCGUCCGAGGAAGCCUUUCGAAGACACUCUUCGCUCAAUGAAGACGCGAGUUACGUUACCGAAGCAUAAACGAUUUGCGCUAGUCCACGUUGUAAUAUGAUUAGAACGAGGUCUGGCGUAAAAAAAAUAAAAAAA